UUUUUUUACCCUUUCUUUCUUUUCUCCUCCAACUCUUUCUUUGCCCGCUGCAAACAACCAGAUCCUUCAGCCGCCGUCCACCACCGCCCCAACCCUUCCAACGCCACCCAUCAACUUCCCCCCUAACUCCGCAGUUCUCAAGAAAUCGAAAAAGAUGAUUUUGAGGUUCCAAUUUCACAACUCAAGCUCUGGAUAUGAAUCCACAAGCUUCUUCUUUUGACCUCUGCAACUGAGCUUCCAUCAUCCAAACACUCUCAAACCCACCACAUGGUCUGAACCCACAAUCUCAAAACUUUCAAAACCCCCCUCAAAACCCUAAUCUUCAUUCAGAUUCUAAGCUUCAGGGGACUGGGUUUGUCAUAUAAAUUAGAAGAGAAAGAUUGAAGAUGACCCAACAACAACAACAACAACAACCAUCAGUGAUCCUUGCAACCGCUAGCUAUGAUCACACAAUUCGAUUCUGGGAGGCGAAAAGCGGCCGGUGCUAUCGAACUAUCCAAUACCCAGAAUCGCAAGUUAAUCGGCUCGAAAUAACCCCUGAUAAAAGGUACCUGGCUGCAGCUGGAAAUCCCCAUAUUCGAUUAUUUGAUGUUAAUUCAAACAGCCCUCAGCCGGUGAUGAGCUACGAUUCACAUACUAAUAAUGUUAUGGCAGUGGGGUUUCAAUGUGAUGGAAAUUGGAUGUAUUCUGGCUCUGAAGAUGGCACUGUAAAGAUUUGGGACUUGAGGGCUCCAGGUUGUCAGAGGGAAUAUGAAAGCCGUGCAGCUGUCAACACUGUUGUUUUGCACCCAAAUCAGACUGAGCUGAUAUCAGGGGACCAAAAUGGAAAUAUUCGUGUGUGGGAUUUGACAGCAAAUUCAUGCAGCUGUGAGUUGGUACCAGAGGUUGAUACAGCUGUGAGGUCUCUAACAGUGAUGUGGGACGGGAGCUUGGUUGUUGCGGCAAACAAUCGUGGAACAUGUUAUGUGUGGCGCUUGUUGCAAGGGACGCAGACCAUGACCAAUUUUGAGCCGCUUCAUAAGUUACAAGCACAUGAUGGCUACAUCCUGAAAUGUCUUCUCUCACCCGAGUUUUGUGAGCCCAACCGGUAUCUGGCCACAGCAUCUGCUGACAAUACGGUUAAAAUAUGGAAUGUAAGCGGUUUUACCUUGGAGAAAACUCUAAGAGGACAUCAACGCUGGGUCUGGGACUGUGUUUUCUCUGUGGAUGGUGCUUAUCUCAUCACAGCUUCUUCUGAUACAACGGCAAGACUUUGGUCCAUGUCAACUGGUGAAGGUAUUAGAGUGUAUCAGGGGCAUCACAAAGCAACCAUUUGUUGUGCUCUCCAUGAUGGAGCUGAGCCUUCUGCUACCUGAUUAUGGAAUUCAGCUUUCAACAUCUUGUAUGCAGGCUUCUCGAUUAAACAAUGCUGUCAAGGAUGACAAAACUUUUUUCUCUUAUGCCAGUGAUAGAGGAGGCUCAGAUAUCAACCUGGACAAAGUGGAACAAGUUGGAAGUUUGAUAUAUUCGGUAUUUUUUUUAUCGUUUUGUUUUCAUUCUCAGAUGUUCAUAUUUUUUCCGGAAUUUUGGAGAUGAGAAAUGAUAGAUUUGUAAUAACAGAUUUGUUUAGUAUCAUGUUUAUUUCCUCUGAAUUUAUGAUACUGAAUAAGACCAUUUGAAUUUGUCCA